AUGGAAUAUUCCUGUGGUAUCACGCCACUUGCUGUAGCCAUUGGUGACUUUAAUAAUGACACCCGACUGGAUCUCGUCAUUACUAAUAAGCUUGGCCGUAGUGUAAGUGUACUUCUAGGAUAUAGCAAUCAAGCUUUUAUACAAGAAACGGCGCUCACAACUGGUAAUGAAUUACCACCGAGAUCAUUUGCAAUAGCAGAUUUCAAUAAUGACAAUCAAAAGGAUAUCUCAGUUGUAAAUUUAGGAGCAAACAACGUGGGCAUUUUUCUCAGAAAUAGUAAUCAUUCUUUCACGAGUCAAAAUAGAUUGUUAACUGACUCUACUCCCAUGGCUAUUACAGUUGGUGAGUUCAACAACGAUAGCUUCAUCGAUAUUGUGGUCACUAAUUAUGAUAGUGGCAAUGUGGGUGUAUUUCUUGGAUAUGGUAAUGGCUCUUUUUUUAGUCAAAAAACAUUUACAACUGGUUCUCUAUCUUAUCCUAGAGCGGUUGCAGUUGGAGAUUUUAAUAAUGACAUGUUUGUAGACAUUAUCGUUGCUAAUUAUGGCAUCAGCAACGUGGGUAUAUUACUGGGAUAUGGUAAUGGAUUAUUCUUAGAUGUGAAUUUAUUUUCGAUGGGUUAUGAAUCUCUUCCUUUCUUCGUUUCUGUUGGUGAUUUUAAUGGAGACAGAAAAUUAGAUUUUGCAGUGAUCAAUGAAGAUUCUGAUAGCUUAGAAAUUUUCUUACAGACUUGCUAG